AUGGUGCUUAGAAGCUUCAAAUUGGGCAUGUCACCCUAUCCGAUUUACGGCUUUACUAGCUUGCGUCGGUUCAUGUGCGGACAGAAAAACAAAGAAAGGCUGAGCGAAAAAAUUUCCGAUUUAAAUAAGAUCGGGUCUCUUUCACUAGUAGAAGCGCGAUUUGCCGUCUCUCUCUUGCACGGUGUGGUUGGUCAUAAGAGGCAGUGGAGCCACUGA